AUGGCGGUAGAGAUUGAUCAGCCCCACCCCUCUCUUUCCAGCAAUUCAGAAAGCGAUCCCGCCGUCGAUUCCGAUCUGCGAUACGACCGAAACUUGGACUGGGCCAACCCCGCCGCUGGAAGCCUCCUCACGACGACUGACGAUAUCACCAAAGACGAAUUGCUAGCCCGUCGCGAGAAUUCUCUGGACGAGAUAUCCCGAGCUUGCGAGUCUGCGUCAAACCUCGACACGCUUUGGCCCUCGAUCUUGUGUGGCAUAUCCAAUGGGAAUGGGGAUAUAGCUUUUGCUGCUCUGUACCGCGCAGAGACGACCAUCGAACGAGUGGAAGGAACGAGUCUUCUCACCAAUCGAGUCAACCCAUUGAGUUUCCUGCUCUCUGGGACUGUUGGUUCCUUCCCAGCCGCGCCUCCGUGCAAACUCGAGCCUAACAUCGACCAAAAAUGGGUGCAGGGCUUUUUCAGAAGUGUCAAUACUCAUGCGCCGGUGGUUCUCCAGGCUGAAGACGGUACUUUGCCCUUGGAAAUGCGACAGGCGUCCAAGGAUCGAUGCCAUGGCGAUGCUUGUUACCAGGCUGUCGUGUUGCCGAGCGCUUGGAACCGGAUCACCGAUGUUCACGCUGUCUUAAUAGUUGGUCUGGCGCCACGGAUACCGUACGAUCGCUCCUAUCAAGCAUGGAUAAAGACGCUCCAUGGCGAAUUUUCGAACGAAGUAGUCUCGUGGGUGCUUGAAGAAGCGAGGCAUCUUGCUGAAAAGAAUGAAGACGAAGGGAUUGGGAGAGAGAUAGAUAUCAUCACAAGAGAACAGGCCCUUGAGCAGCAGGAGGCUACUGUAGCCGACGGAGGCUUGUCACGGCUACUAAAAAUCAUGGGCGCAGCGAGGGAGCUGAACGUGGAAAAUCAGCCGAAGCUGGUAGAUCUCUGUGACGCCGAAGACGUACCGGUGCUAUCACUAAACUGGCAAGCGCUUCUUGCUGGCCUACAAGCAACGCUCUCCAUCAGAUUUCGGCUAGCAGGUGGAGUGAGAAAGUGGGUGCAAAUCGCCUGUGUCCCUGUCUUUGACAGCCUCUCCGUAGUCAUUGGCGUUACCGGCUGUGCUACGGACAUAGACGCACAGAAGAAAGUCGAGCAUGAAGCAAUCUUUAGGCGCACAGCAGCCCUAGAGCAGCUCCAUCUCAGCGAACUGCGUCUUCGAAAUCUCGUUGAGAAUGCUCCCCUCGGAAUCUUGAUCUUCAAUCGGGACAUGCGGCCCUCUUUCGCCAACAAGACCUGGUUCAAAAUGACUUCGCAUUCCACUAUACCAGCAGCUGACAUCGACGUUCGCUCGGUUAUAUUUCACGAGGAUCUUCCACAGUUCGAUGAACGUUUGCAUGACAUUUCGCGUACUGGAGAGUCUGCGACCUUUCAUCUCAGACUAAAUCGACUAUGGACAGCAGACUCGGACUUCUCACAGCAAACUUGGGUGCAGUUCACAGCCUUCCUGGAGAUGGUGGACAACGACAACUUUCAGAUUACAAGUACAAUAAUGGACAUUAGCGAUUUCAAGUUCUCUGAGGCGUUGCAACUCAGAAGGCUCGAACAAGCCGUGGAAGCGAAAAGACAGCAGGAAAAUUUCAUUGAUAUGGUGAGCCAUGAGAUCCGAAAUCCUCUCAAUGUGGUCAUGCAUUGCGCGGAUUCAAUAGCCCACUCCCUCUCGGAAGUAAAGCUUCUUCUUGAUCGGUGCGAUAGUGGAAGCAUGUCCAAUCUUGAAAGCGCCUCAGCCGCCGACGACUGCCGCAGUCUCAACGACAACGUGGUCGAUGCUGUCGAAACGAUCACGUCAUGCACUAUGCAUCAAACACGUAUCAUAGACGACAUUCUUUCGCUCUCCAAACUAGAUUCGGAUCUACUCGAGAUUUGCCCUACCGUCUUCCAGGUGAAGAGCUUCCUCGGACGAGUCGAAAAUACUUUCAAGCUUGAUGCUGAACAGGCCGGAGUUCAGCUUCUAGCUGUUGCCGAUCCUUCGUUGAGCAAGCUUGGGGUUGACUGGAUUGACGCAGACCCUGGAAGAAUCACGCAAGUGCUAUUCAACUUGGUGGCCAAUGCGAUCAAGUUCACCAAAGAUACACCUGGCGAAAAAGCUGUCAGCGUUCGCAUCGGGGCAGCAUGUUGGCCACCCACCGCCAUCUUCGAUGGCCUCAUCAAGACAGUGCAAAAGCCCGUUCAGACAGAUCAAUCAGUACUCGAAACGGAGCUAUCAGCAGGCUCCAUCUUUUUGUGGUUCAAAGUAGAGGACACAGGAUGUGGAAUGGAUGAAGCGGCCAAAGCGCGUGUCGCAACCCAAUUUACACAAGCCUCGCCUAAGACUCACAGUAGAUAUGGCGGCUCCGGACUGGGGCUAUCCAUCAGUCAAAAACUAGCAGCUUUGUUAGGUGGCGAGAUUGGGUUCAACUCCCAGCAACAUGUCGGCUCUACGUUCGCAUUCUACACUAGAGCAUCCAGGGCUUUACGGCCAAAUUCGAUCCCGUCAACCUUGAAUCCCAACGACACAGUCAAUACCGAAGGGACGACCUUAGCGCACCCUCAUGCUACGAGUACUACUGCUGAUACGCCGUCUACGAACCCAUCCAGCAUCCUGCUCGUUGAAGAUAACUUGAUCAAUCAACGCGUUCUGAAGAAGCAGUUGCAACGUCAUGGGUAUAUUGUCCACACAGCCGAUAAUGGGCAAGAAGCCUUCGACUUCAUCAAAACUACGCAACACUGGAAGGGUGCUACUGCAUCAGCGCCCAGGAUAGAUGUCAUCCUUAUGGACAUCGAGAUGCCCAUUGUCAAUGGUCUCGAAUGCGCGAGUAUGAUCCGCGCCGCGCAGCAUGACGGAUCUAUCAGCAAGCACCUUCACAUCAUCGCUGUUACUGCGAAUGCGAGACCGGAGCAGCUGAAGCGCGCGAAAGAGACUGGAAUGGAUGACGCGGUCCCAAAGCCAUUCCGAGUGAAAGACCUUGCAGCUGUUAUCGAGCAGUUGAAGGAUGGGUGA